CUUUACUCCUGUACAGAUUGCUAACCACGUAAGCGGCCAAUCGUCCUGAGUCGAUGACACCCUCUGUACCCACGCAUGGCCGUAUUUGAUAACAGUGGAGAGUGAUAGUUAGCCACACACUUGGAAAGACUUGUUGACGGUGUAGGCUAAGCUGGGGUGGGUGUUUCUCUCUCUCUUAUCUCACGUGUGCUCUCUCAUAAAAUCACCAGAGUGCUGUUGUGUACACUUAGUCUUGUGUCCCUAGCCAGGCUUUAUAAGUCCGAAUCUGCGGCGAGUUCACCAAUGUGAUCACCUGACGUUCAGCGGGAAGUGACGAUAGCCUGAGUAAAACAAGGUACGCACGGCGUGUACUCAGGACAGUUGGCGGAACCAGUUCUAUCAAGCCCCUGUAAGAAGAAUGACCAACACUUAUGUGUGGGUGUGCUUAACAUGCAUGUACACGUUGCCUUCCCUGGUCUUAUCUACCGAAGAACCACAGAAACAAAUCACGCCCGGUGCAAGAUUGGUAAGGUCACUAGAUGAAGCUCGACACGAUAUCAACGGUAUGACUAACACCAUCUCCAGCCUUGACGAAGAGCUAGCCAGUAAACAAAAACGGACAUGCAAUAUAGGCGUGAACAGUCACUUUUGCGCCCUGGCUGAUCUGGACAGUAAGAUCCGCUCAAGAGAAUGGCUCAACAGUAUAUACAGUCCCGGUAAACGCAGUAUGGGUGACACGCAAAAGCAAGAAGACGACAUGGACGAAGUAACAAGAGAACUGAAGGAACUAUUGCAGAAGCGUAUUAACCUUGCCAAAUUGAAGGAACUACUGCGUGACGCCGAGCAGGACAUUGUUCAACAGAGGAAGAGGACAUGCGCGGUUGAAGUGGGCGGGACAUGUAGAACAGAGUGGGCUUCGUCCAUCGCUGAUCAGUACUACUAUCUGUUGGGUCCACACAGCCCUGGCAGGAGAAGGAGGAGAUCUCCCAUCCGGCUCUUCAGGAGAAAAAUCGCCACACAAAAACUUUUCGGAAAGCCUGUAAUGUGAUGACUUUUCAAAUAAUGAAUCUUUUAUUACAUUAAUAUGUCAACAUCAGCUCUUUUUAUUCAUCAGCGUUUAUUCUUGUCAUAUGAAUUUGAAUAAGACUACAUGAUAUUAUGACACAUUUACAAUGCUUACUUUUGCAAUAUCUGUUAGUAGCAUAUGUUAAUAAAAAUAUAUUAAUGAAAUUAUAGAAAUCUUACGACUUAGAAUUUAUUGAUAGUGAUCAGAUGGUUAGUUCGGACUAUUUUUUUCCUCUGAAGUACUUAAAUAUUUUUUUCACAUUUUUGGUUGUAAAACAGCUGCAACAUCCGAACGUAAAGUAUGAAGGACUGUAUUGUGAUAAAAGAGCAGCAAAUAAAAUAAAUGAUUAAGGACUUCCCAACCUUCGUAAUACCUAUUUUUUUCUUGUCGUAUUUUCGUGUAGUCAUUUCCGUAUUGCGUAUCGGGCAUUCCAUCACCGUAGUGUAAAUU